AUGGAUGCCAAAGGGAAAGGAGCAGCUGCCCCUGCAAAGGGGCAGCAAAAGGGAAGGCGCCAGAUGCCUAUGGGAAAGGUCUUGCAACUCAUGACCAGAGGGGUGGUGGAGGGGCCUCUGGCUACAACCCUUGUGGCAGCUGCUGCAGCCAGUGUCAGCAAGAAACCAGCCACAGCUAGCCAGCCAGUCGAAGAAGUGGAAGGCGCUGAGGGUGACCUCACAGAGGCACAAGUCAAGAGGCAUGACCAAAUUGAAAGCCUGAUGGCUGAGCUGAACGGACUUGAUGAAGACAACCUGAAAAACAAGCUUGGUGGGCUAGACAACCUCACCAUGAUGCUUCUGUGGAAGAGGUUCACGAUGAACAGAGAAAUGGAAGGUGAAGACCAGAAGUAUGCCCCGAGCACAAGUGGGCCUGGCAGCACUGCCAAGAAGCAAAUGCUGCUCAGGGCCUGGUUGAAAGAUGGUGGCCAGCUGCAAAAACACUACAGGCAGGCAGUGAUUGCCUUUGAGCUGAAAAAUGUGUCCAAGGAAGGGUACAAGUGGAGGUCUUGGAAGAAGACUUGUGAUGACCUGGGUAAAGAGCAAGCCCCACCCUCAAAUGGAGAAAAUGUCCACAGAACACAAAGUACAUGGAGUUUUGCGCAGGAAGCUACCAAGAUCAGGAACACUCGGCUAAAGGCUUCCUCCAGCAAGGCCACCAAAGAGGACACCCUGGCAGACUAUGAGAACCUUACUUUGGAUGACGUCAAGGCUGAAGACAACUGGGGGAUCGAAGUGGUGGGAGAAGAGGAUGAUUUUGCAUCCAUGGGUCUGGACCCAGACCUCAAGAAAUUCUGUGGCUCCAACAAAAACAAGGGCCACAAAGAUCCAGAAGACAACCCAAAGAAUGAGAAGAAAAACAAAUGGGAGCUGACAAGCCAGGUGUCCUCUGCCACCACAAAGCAGGAACUGUCCAAGAAGCUUUUGGCUUUCAAAGCAGAGCUCUGCAAAGAGCAAAGCUUCUUCCAAGCAGCCAUGGUUGAUGCUGAUGACAAGAAAAGCCAAGACUGCAAGCAGGCUGUGGCCAUGGUGAAGCUGGCAGGGGAUGCCAUAAAGCAAGAAGCAGCCAAGAAUGCUUUGGUGGCAUCCGUGAAGGCUGUGCAAGCCUGCAAGAAGAACCAUCCCAAAAAGAAGGCCAAGAAGGAGCCUGAGGCAGGCUCUGAUGAGGGGAAUGUUCACAGAGAUUUGCUCAGGAAACGCUUCACACAUCUGCAAGCACCUGCCCCAUAUAAGCUCACAUGCCAGAUGUCCAUGAAAGUGGAUGGUGAGAAGAACCCUCAGAUGACACAACAGCUCUGGAGAUCAUUGGACUUUGAUCGACCAGAAAGUCUCCCCAUUCCAUGGUGUUUGCAUGGUGAUGCAGCACCCUUCACAGAGACUGAUUCCAUACAAGUCAUUUCCUUUAGAUGCCUUCUGGCAUCAAUGCCUGUGGGAGACAGCCAGCUCCUUCUAGCUGCAAUACCAAAAGCAGCAGUCAGCAAGGAAACAUUCAACACCAUCAUGGAAUGCAUGGCUUGGUCCUUCACUUCGCUCUAUGAAGGCAAGGCACCAAAGAAGAACCAUUCUGGGGUGCCCCAUGGAUGGAGUGAAGGGCAGACCCCUGAGAAGGGGAGUUUUGUGGGCAAUCUGGAAUGGUUCGCAUCAGAAUUUGGCUUCCCAUACAGCUCAAGCAAUAUGAUUUGUGCAUACUGCUUGGCAGACCAGAAGAAGACAGGCAGUGAAAGGCCUUUUACAGACUGCAGGCCAACCGCUCCAAGGCCUAGUCACUCUGAAAACCCAGGAGAAGCCAAGAUGCAGCUUCUGAACAAGAAGAUUGCUGAGAUGUAUGGCAAGUUGGGCAUAGAAGCUGCCAAAAGAAUCAAGCACCUGACCCUCAAUGAUGUGGCAUCAUCUGCAGAGGAGUGCCCUGCGCUCAAGCAUAUCAAGGGGAACAAGAUUCGACACUUCGCCCCAGUGGCUUUGGAGCUGAGUAAGCUCCAUGCAGAUGACAGGGCAGGGCAACACAGAGUUGCAACGCUGGAGGAGUUGCAGAGAAUCUACACACUGCUGGGCAAGAAUUGGAAAGAGUGGUCUCCAGAAUGUGGUAUUGCCCUGGAAAGGGCAGGACAAGUUCUCCUUGCACACUACUCAUGGCUUGCCAAUGAUGCCUUUGAAAAAAGGUUUGCGUCGAUAUUCUCUGGUGCAGAAGCACCACAAAUUGAAUCACCUUCUGGCACAAGCCCAUCAUAUCCAUCCAGCCAGCGCAUGGUGCUAUGGCUCAGAGAGCUUUAUGGGCAUCAUAAAGCAGAUAUCAUCCAGCUGCACUUGGGGCACACCAGCUCACAAAGUGACUGGAAAGGUGCUGAUGAAAUUCAGGCUGGUUUUUCAUCUACUCCUCAAGGCGUACAGAAAUCUGGAUAUCAUCGACUCGGCAGAAGAGUGAGAAAACAUUGCCUUGCUGCGCUGCAAGUUGGAUUGCCAUGGGCUGCAGACUAG